GGCAUAUAAAACAGAGGCAAGGCACAGACUGAUCACAGAGCAAUCAUCACCAAGCCUGAAAUAUCUGCACUGAUUCUGUUGGAAGCUUACUGAGGUAGUCAGGGAAUAAGGAUGGAGGAAGGAAUGAAUGCUCUCCAUGAUUUUGGGAUCCAGUCAACGCACUAUCUCCAGGUGAAUUACCAAGAUUCCCAGGACUGGUUCAUCUUGGUGUCUGUGAUUGCUGACCUCAGGAAUGCCUUCUAUGUCCUCUUCCCCAUCUGGUUCCAUCUUCAAGAAGCCGUGGGCAUCAAACUCCUCUGGGUAGCUGUGAUUGGAGACUGGCUCAAUCUUGUCUUUAAGUGGAUUCUCUUUGGACAGCGCCCAUAUUGGUGGGUCCUGGACACUGACUACUACCACAACAGCUCUGUGCCAUUGAUAAAGCAGUUCCCUGUCACCUGUGAGACGGGGCCAGGGAGUCCUUCUGGCCAUGCUAUGGGUGCAGCAGGUGUGUACUACGUGAUGGUCACAUCUACCCUCGCCAUCUUUCGGGGAAAGAAGCCGACAUACCGAUUUCAGUGCUUGAAUAUCAUCCUGUGGUUGGGAUACUGGGCUGUGCAGUUGAAUGUCUGUCUGUCACGGAUCUACCUUGCGGCUCACUUUCCUCACCAGGUUGUGGCUGGCGUUCUGUCAGGCAUUGCUGUUGCUGAAACCUUCAACCACAUCCAGAGCAUCUACAAGGCCAGUCUCAAGAAAUAUUUUUUCAUUACCCUCUUCUUGUUCAGCUUUGCCAUUGGAUUUUACCUGCUGCUAAAGGGGCUGGGGGUGGACCUCUUGUGGACUGUGGAGAAAGCCAAGAGAUGGUGUCAACAGCCAGAAUGGGUCCAUAUUGACACUACACCCUUUGCCAGCCUCCUCAAAAACCUGGGGACCCUCUUUGGCCUGGGGCUGGCUCUCAACUCCAGCAUGUACAAGGAGAGUUGCAAGGGAAAAUCCAGCAAGGCGCUCUCAUUCCGUCUCAGCUGCAUCGUGCUCUCCCUUGUGCUCCUGCACCUCUUCGACUCUUUGAAACCCCCCUCCAAAAUCGAGCUGAUCUUCUAUGCCUUGUCCUUCUGCAAGAGUGCCACAGUGCCGUUGGCCUCUGCCAGUCUCAUCCCCUACUGCCUUUCCCGGUUCCUGGGCCAGUCACACAAGAAGUCUUUGUAAAGCAUUACGGAGUCUCAAGUGUUUAAAAGUCAGUGACUGCCAGAAAUUUAGAGGGGACCAGAGGUCGCCUGCAGCCCAUUCUGAGGCCAGACGUGUGAAAGUCAGCUCAGGUGACUUUCAGAUCCUAAUGCUAUUGGACGAUGGUUUACUGUUUUGUUUAAAAGCUAAUGAGGACACUGGACUCUUAGAAGUUGGGUCAUUCUGGAUUUUUCCCUGAAGACCUACUUAACCUAUUCUCCAGUCAGAUAUACAAAAGCAAAACUUCCAGAGAGAGAAAGCAGCUCACAAGCCCAACUGAGAAUUUCCUGCCUGUGCUCAGCCUUG